CACACUAAUGUGGAGCAGUCGUUUUGUCACAACAGUAUGUGUGCGUGGUGAGACGGUGAGAGACACUCACUUUGCUUUCUCCGCCGCACGCCGCCGGCCGCCUUGUGUGGAGCAGGGCGCACGCCGCCGGCUGCCUUCUCUCGAGCAGGGCGCAUCCUCUCCCGCCACGACGUCUUCUGCCCCCCCUCCCCCUCCCCGCACCACCACCACCACCACCACGGCCUCACCCCGUCUCCUAUCCCCACGACGGCCUCGCCUCGCCGGCUCUUAUCCCCACCACGGCCUCGCCCCGCCGCCUCCUCUCACCACCGCGGACUUGUCUCGCCGCCAACCCCGUGGAUCUUCCCUAGAUCGACUCUGCCGCCGCCAUCAUACUGCCGCAGAGCAGAUCGAGAUGCGAGAUGCUGGACACGAUGCGGGAGCAGGCAUCUUGAAUUGGACCGAGAUCCAGUGCGUCGACCUCACACAGUCUCUCCGGGAAGGAGUUCGCAGCUCGCGUAGGUGUUCGGUUGCUGAAGGCACCUUCACCACAUUGUCAUUCAUUUGUGAGAUGUUUCUGUUUCUCUAUGUUGGCAUGGAUGCAUUGGAUAUAGAGAUUUGGAAGAUUGUUAGCGGAACACAUAUACAGGCCAGAUCUAAUGAGAGGUGCUGUGUGAAUUGCAUUGUCAUACAAUAAGGUAAAGAAUUGCAUUGGCAUACCAAAUCUGUUGAUCAAAUGUGCUUUAGGAAUGCUAUGCAGGGUAAAAAUAAAAAUAAUAGCAUACCAAAUGUACCCUGUUAAGCAUAAAUGCUCUGAGUUAUAUUAGGAGGCAUACCCAUCAUUCUGAAGACUGCUCUUAAUAUAUUCUUCUCUUUUCCAUGUUGUAACAUCUAGAUCAGUCCACUUAUCGGAUUUUAAUUCCAUGUGCUUGGAUGCAUAUUUGAAUAAAUCCUCCAGUCCUUCUAGCUGGUGUACCAAAAAAUGGAAAAAGUAUAAGCAUCACAAGUGAGAAAUAAGAAAAAAAAAAGCUUAUUAGAAAAGAUGGGGCAGUAGGAUGAAGUGCAGACCGUAUCAGUGAGGUCCUUGCGGCUCAUGUAUGGGCCUAGCGAGUCGAGCACCUGGACACAUUUUUUUCUGGCAUUUAUAACACAUAGGUACCAGUGAACGUCCUCCAUGUUUAUUGGAAAGUAUACCUGAAGAAAAUGAUUAUUUUAGUUGUACUUGUACGUGGAUGAAUCGGUCAUUGUAGCUGUAAUUCAUCCAAUUAUGUAGGACACAAAGACUAACCAUAUCAUUUUCCAAAUACGUUUUGGCUCUGUUUAGUACCCAUGCUGGUGCAGCAUCCAUGUCAUCUGAGGGCAGAUAGCUACCGAUCUUUAUCAUCUUUGAGAUGCAUGCAUUCUCUAAGAACACACUUCCACCUGACCUUACUUGUAGAUGCUCCGUAGCAGUCAUGCAAUUUAUGUACGUAUUUAUGACCUACAAUUAAAAGCAUACAUAGUAUAUUAGAUGACACAUACUGAUAAUCAAAUAGCAUCUUCUAGUCGUAAUGCGAUAAUAAUAAUAAUAUACUCACUUCGUCGCCAACCCAUUCUCCGGGAGUUAGAAGAGAUAGUAAAUGUCUUUUUUUCAAAAAUGCGUCGCCGAUGCUCACUAAAUUUCUUUCUUUGCUUGGUUCAGACCGGAUAUUUUCUAUAACAGACCAAUCAUCGCCACUGCAGGCAUAAUCUGUCACGAUGGCAAUGAUAACAUGUAAUGAUAAUAACACAAAAACAAUAAUGUAGCAGUACAAGGACAUUGAAUGUUUUGUUCCGUGCCUUGUGGAGAAACAACAUAGUCUUGUGCCUUCUUAGGCUUGUUAUGCCGUCGUUUAUGUUUAUUUAUAUGCACGGGCAUUGUUAGCUCGUCCUCUAUAGUCUGAAGCCCUUCCGUGUCCCGUGUUUGUGCUAAUUCCUCAUCCUGAGCUGCCACCAUUUGUUGACUUGUUUCGUUGUGGGUUAGUUUCUGAGAACAAUAUUGAAUGAAUUACCCGUGUGUAGGAUAUAAUAUAAUUAGAAUAAUUUGGGAAGAUAUAGUUGGAAAAGGAAAGUCACAUGUGUAUGCUCAGAAUCUUCAUCCUCUCUGUUUGCUAUGUUUUCUUCAAGAAUAGGUGUAUAUUCUGGGCUAUCCAUGCAAUUAUUUUCCUCCACUUCAUUAUUGUUGAGUAUCUCACUUGUUUCGUCAUCGCUAGGUAGCUGAAACCCAUGGUAGUAUAAUAUUAUAAGAGCGUGAAUAUAUUUUUGUAAUGAUAUUGUACUAAGAUAAUUACAAACUGAUCUUUGGCGUUAGACAUGUGGAAAGAAAACUUGCCUCUGUUGAUUCGGGGAUUGUAUAUCCAUCCUUGGUUAUCACAGCAUCAAAAAGCAUGUUUAGUGGACCCUCCCUAAUGGACUCUUGUGUAGCCUUUGUGGAGUCGGGAUCUGUAUCCUCUUGUACGGUUAUCACCUCUUCAACCUGCAUAUUCUUUGUAUCCUCCAUAGUAGAUUCUUCUUGUAUCACCUCUGCCGCCUCGGUGUUUGUAUCCUCGUCUUUCUUUACAUCUUCAAUCUGCAUAUUAUCUAUAUCCUCAUCCUUUGCUACCUUAUUGAUGUUUUCCUGAAAACCCAAGCAUGACAUUUCUAGAUAGAAAACCUUGUAUAGGAAGAAGAGAGAUAUAAUAUGUCAUUACCGUGUCGAUGGCAUCGGCAGUAGUACCGGAUCUGGUUGGAGAUUGACCCGCAUGGGGCACCGAUGACGAUGGCGCCGACAUGGACGAUGACGGUGCUUCACCAAGGGCUAAUGUGUGCGGCGCGGUGGAGAGACUUGUUGUGGCGGUUUGUUGGGAUGCGGCUGAGAGAUCGUGAGGGGGGUGGAGGAGGGGUCUAAAGUAAUGGUAUCAGGAAAUAUAAGGCAGAAUCGUGAGAGAAAGGAAAUAAGGCAGAAUCGUGGGAGAAAGGAAACUACUAUCGCGAUAAUUGGGGACUCCUGAUUGCUAUCAUCCCCGGAUUUAUCUGACGCCCAGAAUCUUAUCUUGUGCUUUUUUUAUACCCCAGUUUGCCAAAAUUACUGGAGUUAUUUCCGUAGUGCAUUUUAUCUGCAUAAAUAUUGGGUGUGGCCCACCUUCCUUCUGUAACUACAGGCUGUGUAAUAAUUCAGAGAAGGCACACCCUUUAAAUAUUUGUCAAACUUAAUUUUUUGUUUUUGAA